AGCUGAAAGCUGCUCCAACGCGACGCACCGAGCUGAAAGCUUUCAUUUCUUCUGAACGAGCAGAACUUCACACCGGAUCCGUUUGACUCCUGACAGAAUGAUGCUGCAACAUCCAGGUCCGUCUCUGGCCGACAUCAGCUGCUCGGCCCUGGUGCCCUGCCUGUCCCCGCCGGGCUCGCUCACCCUGGACGACUUCGCCAGCUUCACRCCCAUCGUGAAGGAGGAGCUGCGUCUGGCCAUCCAAACCAAGCGCCUGUCCAACGGGCUCAGCGCCGACGUCAGCUCCGACGGGGCCAGCUCCAGCUCGGACCGGGCCUACGAGAGACCCUUGAGCCGGGCCGGGCUCAAAAGAGAGUUGACACCAGAGGAGCACGAGAGGAAAAAGAGGAGAAGAGAGAGAAAUAAAAUCGCAGCUGCGAAGUGCCGCAACAAGAAGAAGGAGAAGACCGAGUCCCUGCAGAUGGAGUCGGAGAAGCUGGAGAGCGUGAACGCAGACCUGAAGGCUCAGAUCGAGGAGCUGAAGCAGCAGAAGCAGCAGCUGGUCUACAUGCUGAACCUGCACCGGCCCACCUGCAUCGUCCGAGCCCAGAACGGCCAGACCCCCGAGGACGAGCGGAAGCUCUUCAUCCAGCACAUCAAGGAGAGCUCCUUGCAGCUCCACUCCCUCACCUCCUCCUCCUCCUCCUCUUCAUCAUCAUCUACCUCCACAGUGGCCCCGCUGGGACUCCUCACCCUCGACGACAUCCACUGCUCGGCUCCCCUAUGACCCACCUCCUCAGACUUUGUCCUCCGGAGACGCCACGGUCCACAAAGCUGCUAAAAAACUUUGGUCCAGAGUGUYGUCCCGGAAGCUCCGAAAUCCCGAACCGCACCUGUUUUCUGUUUGCGUCAGAAACAUUACAAACAGUCCCGGGCCAAGAAAAGCUAAAGCACUGAAACCAAACAAAACCAGUUUGAUUUGAAUAUUUGUUGUUAUGCCACAAAGUGUGAUUUUUGUGUGUGUGAUCUGAACACCCGCUUCAGAUGUUAUCAUCCAUUAAAUGGACGUUAUUAACCGUUA